AUGUCGGAAUGGUUGGACCUUAAAAUGCCGGGUGUUCCGAUUGAUGGAAAAAGUGUGAAAAUUAUCGAAAGUCCUGCGAAGUUUUAUGAAACACUUCUUGAAAAAUCAUCAAAAGCUGAAAAACGAAUAUCAUUUUCAAGUUUAUAUCUCGGAGAUGGAUCCCUUGAAAAAGAAUUAGUUAAUACGAUUGAAAAUCGAAUUCAUGAAAAACGGAAAUAUGGACUGAAAGUCAAGAUUCUUCUUGAUUAUCUCCGAGGAACUCGAGGUCAAGGAAAAGAGAAAAGUAGUACGACACUUUUGAAAAAAAUUGCCGAUAAUGCUGAUAUUUAUCUUUUUCAUACACCUGAUUUGAAUGGAAUUGUGAAACAUUUAUUAUCCGAGAGGACCAAUGAGAUUAUUGGUUUACAACAUAUGAAAUUAUAUAUUUUUGAUGAUACUUUGAUAAUCAGCGGGUAAUUUUUUCUAUUAAAAAUUUUCAUUUCAUUUUUUUAAAUUUAGGGCGAAUUUAUCUGACACAUAUUUCACAAAUCGACAAGAUCGAUAUUUUGUAUUCGAAAAUUGUAAAAUACUCGCCGACUUUUUUGAUGAAAUUAUCGAUGCAGUUGGAGAUUGUAGUUUUGUAUUAGAUAAUGAUGGAAAUUUCAAAUUAAAUGAUCGAUGUGAUGUUCAUCCAUUUUAUGGAAAAACUGAUGAAUUCAAAAAUUUUAUGAAUACUCGAGUAACAAAAGUCAUCGAAGAUUUCAAGGAGAAAUAUCGGGAUCAACCUCAAAAAAUAUCCGAUACUCUUGCUUAUCCGCUAAUUCAAAUGGGAACAAUUGGAAUUCAUCAAGAAUUCGAUUUCCUCAAAAAUCUGUUUUCACAAAAACGGGAAGAUUUGAAGAUGUGGCUUGCAUCUGGAUAUUUCAACACUUUGACCGAUUAUCAAGAACUAAUUUUUGAUCGAGGCGAAUAUUCAUUAGAUGUUUUGAUGUGUUCUCCAAAAACAAAUCCAUUUUAUAAUUCUUCGGGUUUUUCUCGAUUUGUUCCUGCUUUAUAUUCAGAUUCGGCAAUUCGAUUUAUGACUCGAAGGAAAUUGAGUUGUAAAGAAAAUGAGGUGAAAUUAUUUGAAUAUCAGAGAGAAGGAUGGAGUUUUCAUGCAAAAGGAUUAUGGAUGCAAUGGGGUAAUUGGAUAGCAACUUUGGUUGGAUCGUCAAAUUAUGGUAAGAUUUGAUAGAUAUUCUACUCAUAUUUAUUCAAUACUAUUUCAAGUAACUCGUAGUUCAACUCACUGUAAUUUAUAAUUUCUCUGACUUUUUCGGGCGGAGAUAAAAUCACAAAAUGACUGAAAAUUUUAAAAAUAAGAAGAUUUGAUAAGAAACGUGGACUGGACUUUUUUUUUCCACGUGAUAAUUUUUUUUUGAAAUUGCAUUUCAAUUUUUUUAAACAAGUAAACAACACGACAUGUUCAUGUCUUGUACUCUUACUGUGUAAGAAAAUUUCAAUAAACCAAGUCUUUUUGAAUCAAAUAAUCUUACAGUAUGUAUUUCCAGGUUAUCGAUCUGUUUAUCGCGAUCUCGAAGCCCAAAUUAUGAUUGUGACCCAAGAUGAAGUUCUCAAAAAUCGCCUAAUUUCCGAGAAAAACAACAUCUUCGAAUAUUCUUCAAUUGUUGAUGCUUCAGUUCUUCGAAAACCGGAAUAUCAUGUCCCAUCACUAGUCAGAUUCUUGUCAAGGUUUAUUAGAAAUUUCUUUUAGCUGUUUUUGUUGGUCGGGUUAUUGUAGAAAAUGAAUUUUUAUAAUAGGACAAAACAUAUUUUUGUAGAUUUAUUGAUUGUGGAUUUUUCAUUGAAAAAUAUAUUUAUAUGAAAGUCAAUUUUGAAUUGAGGUAGAAUUUUCAGGUGAAAAAAAUAAAAUGAAUUUGCUGAGCGCGACAGCUAGAAGGUUUCCAAAAAGAACGAUAAUGAUGACACCGAAAGAUUCCAAAACUAAAGGAAAUCCAUUUUUGAAGCCAGAAUUGAUUCAAAGAUUAGGAGGAAAAUCAAUUCGAUUAUCACAUGAACAAAUUCAAAGAGAAAGACAAGAUUUUGCAGAAGCAUUAGAUAAUGAAAAAUGGAUUGCUAUAUAUCGAUAUCCUGGUGUAAGAUUUGCUGUUCUUCUUGCUCGCGCAAAACUUAUUCAAACAAUUGCAAGUGUAACUUAUUUGCCUUAUUCAACAUUUCAAUAUUUGAAUGGAGCUAUUGAUUCAACGUGGUUUUAUACAGUAUCAACCAUGGCAUUUCUUGCUCCAAUUAUGCUUAUGAUUUUUAGCAGAUAUUUGAAUAGAUUAAUUGGAGUUAUUGCAAUGAAUGAGACAAAUGAAUAUAUUCGAAUUGGAUAUUUGACAUUUUGGGGAUCAAGGAAAAAUCAGUGAGUUCUCAUUUUAUUUCACUCUAACAAUAAGACACUUUUUAUUCAGAUAUUUGGCAGUUGAUGAUGUUGUUUCAAUAUCCGAAACUGGAACUGGAAAAGAAGACAAACUUGUGAAAUUUAUGUGGUUCAGUGGAGGAGCAAAGUUUUUCUACUUACCGAUUAAACAUGCUGAGAUUUUGGAUGUUGAAAGAGCUGAAUUAUUAUUUGGAGAUAUUUCGGUUUUUGAUGGAUUGAAUGAGAAAAGCGAAUGA